AUGGCCAGAAGAAGUAACAAUGUUCAAGGAACAACAACAUCUGCAGUCCUGGCCUACAAAAAUCCAAGUGCCUUCUUCGUCGUGGUUGACUCCAACAAAGGCCGCAUUGAUGCUUGGAACUCGGAUCUUCCCCCCUUUUUCGAGCCUAGGUUAGCAGAUCUCAUUGCCUCCGUGAAGGUCCAUGAAGAUCAUACGUGGUUCUGGGCUGAGCCUCACCACGCAAUUAACCAUAUUGGUUACUGUAGGCUAUACAAUUCUGUGGAGAACUUUAAUAGACCCGAAGUCACUACUCUGCGAAAAGAAGCUAGAAGGACAGCCAAAAAGAGAUAUCCCAACCUGGCUUUCUCAACUGAGAUCGAAAAGGCUAUCAUGAAUUCGGAGAUGAUCAUCAUCGCGGUCAAUACACCGGCCAAGAUUCGUGUCGCCUCCAGGGCGGGAGAUCUAGAUGGGAUCUCGGGAUCUCCGACGCGGCUGUGA